AUGGAUGAAGGUAUAGAAAUUUCCAGUGAUGGAAAUUCCCUGAUCAAAGCGGUCCAUCAGAGCCGGCUUCGCCUUACAAGACUCUUGCUGGAAGGCGGCGCCUACAUUAAUGAGAGCAAUGACCGAGGGGAAACACCCUUAAUGAUUGCUUGUAAGACCAGACAUGUUGAUCACCAGAGCAUCAGUAAAGCCAAAAUGGUUAAAUACCUAUUAGAAAACAAUGCUGAUCCCAACAUACAGGACAAAUCUGGGAAAACUGCUUUGAUGCAUGCUUGCUUAGAAAAAGCUGGUCCUGAAGUUGUUUCUUUGCUCCUAGAGAGUGGGGCUGACCUCAGCUUGCAAGACCACUCUAGUUACUCAGCCCUCGUUUAUGCUGUAAAUUCAGAAGACAGAGAGACCCUGAAAGUCCUACUUAGUGCUUGCAAGGCAAAAGGGAAAGAGGUCAUUAUCAUAAUGACAGCAAAAUCGCCCUGUGGCAGGCACACGACCAAACAGUACUUAAAUAUGCCUCCUGUGGAUAUGGAUGGGUGUUAUUCCCCAGCCACCUGUGCCACUCCUUCAGCAAUAGACCUAAAAACAGCCUCAUUGCCACUAUCACAUUCUUCUGAAACUGAAAUGACACUUUUUGCCUGUAAAGAUCUGGAACCCACAGGAAGCAGUGAUGAUAUGGGGGACCCAAGCUCCCCCUUGAGGAAGCCUUGCGUGGCCCCUAACGGGCCGAAGCUACCUCAGGCUCCACACUGGAUCAAGAGUGCCCCCUCAUUAAAGCACCAGAACAGAGUGGCCUCCUUACAAGAGGAGCUCCAGGAUAUUACUCCAGAGGAAGAAUUAUCCUACAAAACCAAUGGGCUGGCACUUUCCAAGCGAUUCGUCACUAGGCACCAAAGUAUUGAUAUAAAAGACACUGCACAUUUGUUAAGAGCCUUUGAUCAGGCCAGCUCAAGAAAGAUGUCAUCUGAGGAAAUAAAUUAUCAAUCAUUGUUUUCAGAAGGAAAUCAGCAAUGCAUUGGCAUCCCAGUUGACCAGGACCCAGACUCUAACCAGACAAUAUUUACUUCCACCUUAAGAAGUAUAGUUCUAAAAAGAAACUCAGGAGCAAAUCACUAUAGCUCUGAUUCCCAGCUCUCAGCUGGUCUCAUCCCUGCAACUUUAGAUGAUGGCAAAACACUUAUAGGAAAGAAAAAGAUCCUCUCACCAUCUUCUUCUUUGUUGUCAGGAUCCAAAGAAUUGUUGGAGAAUAUCCCACCAGGUCCCCUGAGCAGGAGAAAUCAUGCCCUUUUAGAAAGGCGUGGUUCGGGAGCUUUCCCUUUAGAUCACAGCAUUACACAAACCAGACCAGGAUUUCUGCCACCCUUAAAUGUGAAUCCUCACCCUCCCAUCUCAGAUAUCAAUGUCAGCAACAAGAUUUCCAGCCUUCUUUCUUGUGGUCAAAAAAUGCUUACGCCAACAGUUCCUAUUUUCCCCAAAGAAUUCAAAAGUAAAAAAAUGUUGUUAAGGAGACAAUCAUUGCAAACAGAACAAAUUAAGCAAUUAGUUAAUUUUUAA